UAUUGUGAGUUUAGAAAAUGACUUUCAAUGAUGUUAGGGACCUCACUGAGCAUCUCAAACUUCUGGGCUAUCCGGACUUCUUUCCCAUGUCUGCCCUCUACACUCCCUAUGGAAGUGCCGCGAGCUUCAAGAUUGUGGCCAAUGCGCUCAAUUGGUUGGCUGCCAGGCUCGAACCAGGAACAACCUUGUCUGGAGGAACUGAUUCUGAGGCUGAAAGAGUUAUCCUGAUCAGAGCAGCUUCAGAAUUUUUUAUUACAAAAGCUGGGAUUAAGGUUAAUCCUAGGAAGCUCUACGCCAGUUCAGUAGCUUCAGCUAAGGAAUUACUGAAGAUCACUUCAGUCCUGAUUCAUGCACCUAAUGAUGUCAAGACUCAAGAAGACGAAGUCAAGAGUAUCAAUGAAAUAGACUUGUCCGACAGGAUUGAGGACCUUCGAAGGGUCAGGGAACUCUCAACAGAACUAACAAAUAGGGGAGCUUCUCUCUACGAUCUUCUCGGAAAAGAGCCCCUAAAUAAAGAAACCAGGGAACAUCAAGCUAACCGUCCCAUGGAGCUCUCAAGCGUUGAACAUGCUUUAGUAUCUUCUUUCUCAGCCAUGCAAAAUAAAGUCCAAUCUGCAAAGACCUAUCUUGAACAAUCGCGCGAGGAAGUAACCAAUCUCAAUUCUCGGCUUCAGAGAAAGCAGCAGGAGUUGGACAGGAGCAAGCAGAGACUCCUGGCUCUGCAGAAAGUCCGUCCGUCGUAUUUGGAGGAGUUUGAGAAGCUAGAAGAGGAGCUUAAUGGCUUGUUUGAUACCUACUUGACUCGCCACCGCACAGUAGAUGCUCUCAAGGUUUCUCUGGCCAACAGAGAUACCAACAUUGAGGCUUCUUUGGAGUCCCAAAUCCAAAGGAAUGCUACAGAAAACUCUAUGACCGUUCUGCCUGAAGGACUCUUGGACAGUGAUGAUGAAGAGGAGGACAACAUGAUGCGUUUGAAAGAUGAUGUAGCUAAAGGAAGAGAGGAAACAUCCAGAAAAGAGCCGGAGGCUUCAGUGACCAGGAAGCAGUCAGCUAAUCGUCUGAGGAUCCGGACAGGAGCAAUUAAUCGAGGAGAAAGAAGGGUUAUUGGAGCUAUGGGAGGUACAACAGCCAGGGAGAAUCGUUUCGACAGCUCCUUGGGAUCUGAUGAAACAGAUAGUGAACUGGACAUGCAAGACUUUGACGGAGACGAUAUUCCAACGGAUGACGAUGACAGUGAGAGUCUGACUAAUCUAGCCAGGGAUGGAGCUAAGAGCGUCCGACAGGAUCAAAGUGAUGAAGACUUUUAAACUCUAUUCAAUUUAUUAAACUACAAUAAAAAAUUAGAUAAUU